GUCGCACAAGUAACCGGACUCACCAUGAUCACCCUUGAGCACACCAACAUACGCGAGGCGGAGACGUCGGCACCUGUGGGUUUCUGGGGACCACCGACCUCAACCAUCGAUUGGUGCGAGCUCAACUACGAACACAGCUACUACAUCGCCGAGUUCUGGAACACCAUCAGCAACUCGCUAUUCGUGCUGCUUGGACUCUAUGGCCUCUACCGCAGCGUCAAAAUGGGCUUUGAGCCUCGUUUCCACUUACAGUUUAUCGGCGUAAUGGCCACAGGCUUCGGGUCUGCCAUGUUUCAUGGUACGCUUCAGCACAUGUAUCAACAGUGCGACGAGACGCCGAUGAUUUGGACCAUCCUCGUGUGGAUUUACAUUGUGUACAACAAUGAAAUCGAGCAGAUCCCCGUCAAGAACGCCGAAAACUAUAUGAUCGCAUUCCUGACAAUAAUUGGCGUCGUAUUUACUGUGGUUCACGCCAUCUAUCGCUUCACGACGGUCUUCCAGAUCUUCUUCGGCAUCCUCGCCGUGUCAGCGUGCGUGCGUCUGUGUAUGCACUACGCAGAGGUGAAGGACCCUCGCGCACGAGCUGUAGCGUGGUCCUACGUGACGUCGGGACUCAUCGGCUUCGCAUUUUGGAUGAUGGACUACCACUACUGCCACACACUCCGUGGGCUGCCCGUAAACCCUCAGGGCCACGCCUGGUGGCACAUUUUCAUGGGUGUUUCAUCGUACCACGGCCCAAUCUUCAUGCAAUAUGUUCGCAUGGAGCAGCUCAAGAAGAAGGCUCGUAUCCAGGACGCUUGCCUCGGCAUCCAGACCAUCGUUGUCGAUCCCGUGAGUCCUAAGAAGCAAAAGCAGUUGUGA